AUGGAGGAAAGCUUUGUUUUCUAUCAAGCAGUCAAAAAGCUUCAGGGAGGAGAGGACGCCUCAGUACUGGGGCAAGCCUUGCUUCAGCAGCUCACCCACGAUGAGAAGCUCGGCUUGCUACACGGCGACCCGCCCUUCUGGAAAGGUUUCGCCGAUCUUUUUGGCGGUGAAUAUACAAAGCGGCCCUACAGCCACGGCAAACUAGACCGACUGGGCAUUCCAGGCAUACAAUACUGCGAUGGUCCUCGAGGAGUCAAUAUCAACCAAGCCACCGUCUUCCCAUGCAGCACAGCACGAGGUGCAACCUGGGAUACCGAACUAGAGGAAAGCGUUGCGCGAGCCAUCGGUCGCGAGGCUCGGGUCUACGGAGCCAACUGCGUAGGAAGUGUCUGCGUCAACUUGCCACGACAUCCGGCCUGGGGUCGUGUUCAAGAGACUUAUGGCGAGGAUCCUCUUCUGCUUGGCGAAUUUGGAGCUGCACAUGUUAGCGGUCUGCAGGAGAAUGUGAUGGCAUGCGUCAAGCAUUUUGCUCUCAACUCCAUGGAGACGGCUCGAUUUCGCGCCAAUGUGUCGGUCAAUGAUUCUGCACUUCACGAGGUCUAUCUGCCACAUUUCAAGCAGUGCAUCGACGCUGGUGCGCUCUCUAUCAUGACAGCCUACAAUUCUGUUAAUGGAGAAUGGGCAGGCGAAUCAGUGGCACUCAUUCGUCAUAUCUUGCGCGACAGAUGGGAGUUUUCGGGCAUCGCUAUUACAGACUGGCUGUUUGGGCUGCGAGACGGAGUCAAGUCUGUUAAAGCGGAUCUCGACAUCGAAUGCCCGUUCCAGAAUCGGAGGGCGAUAUCUCUGCGGCCUGCCCUCGAGUCGGGAGAGAUCAGCUGGUCUGACAUUGACAGAAUCGCUAGUCGUAUCAUACGGACACAGCUUAUGUUCUAUGCCAACCGUCAACCGAUUGAACCAGAAAGUGAGGUUGUGUUUGGUAGAGAACAUCGUGAGUUGGCGAGAACUGUUGCCUCAAGAGCCAUCGUUCUGCUCAAGAAUGAGCUUGUCAAUGAAGAGCCCCUUCUUCCACUGUCGCAAUCUAUCAAGACUUGCGCCAUAGUCGGAAGACACGUCGAUUCUGCACUGACUGGAGAUCGCGCCUCGUCAUGGGUCCACUGCCCUCAAGUCAUCUCCCCCUAUCAAGGCCUGAAAGAGCAGCUCCCACAUACAUCAAUCAGACUUUCAGCGUCGAGAGACAUCGGAGCUGCAGUAAAAGCGGCCAGAGAGUCUGAAGUGGCUAUAGUCAUGGUUGGCUACGACGGCGAUGAUGAGGGAGAAUUCCUCAAGCCCUCGUGGGAGAAUGACAGAGAGGCUCUGGCUUUGCUUCCCGACCCCGAUGGAUCUCCAGAGGCACAGCGGGUCGCUGAAGGUAGAGCAGAGGCGGCUGAUGACUCGAACCGCCCUGAGGCUGGAACUGGUGCUCGGUCGGAGCAUGAUCUCGCAAGUCGUCCCGUUGGCGGCGAUCGCAGAAGUGUUCGACUCGCCCCAGAAGACGUGGAGCUCAUUCGGGCUGUUGUUAAGGCCAACCCAAGGAGUAUCGUCUCUAUCAUCACCGCUGGAGCUGUCAUUAUCGAUGAGUGGUACAAUAUUGCUCCUUCGAUACUGAUAAGUUGGUACAAUGGCUGUGAAAAUGGAAGGGCUUUUGCCGACGUCCUGACUGGCAGAUCCAAUCCAAGUGGCCGCCUUCCCUGGAGCAUGGCGCGAACCGAAGCCCACCUACCUCCUUUUCACCCAGAUACCAACCAAGUCACUUACGAUAAGUGGUUUGGUCAGAGGAUGCUUGAUAAGAUGGGCGUCGAGGCAACGUAUCCACUAGGCUUCGGUUUAUCUUACACGACUUUUGAAGUUGAGGCCAUUGACUUGGAUCAUUCUCCACUGGACAAAAGUUUAAGUUUACAAGUGCGAGCUAGGGACCAGGCCAACACGACUUUCCAAACCGCCUACUUGCUGGAUUUCAGGUAG